AUGCAUCUGCUGUCUCGGUUCGGCUCCAAGGCGUCGACCGCUCUACUGCUACUUGCUGCGCAAGGAAUUUCGCAGACAAUACCUCCACCUAAUCUCGACAUCAAGUCGCUUGGGGAGGUCAUCCUCGCGGGCGACUUUGACGCAAUCUCUAUUUACACGUCAAUUGGGCAACAAGAAGGAUACAGUAGCAAUGGCACGCAGUCAGUAUUGUCGCAGCUACCAAACGGGGCAUUCGACGUUCUGUCCUCCACCGAUGCCAGCAUCGAAGCAAUAUGUCCCUUGGUGGUUAACAGCACACUCAUGGGAAUUGUGGUGGGAGGUAAUUUCACCAGUGUCGGAGGAGUCGCAGCGCGAUCUCUGGCAUGGAUGAACGCAACCACUUUGGAGGUCCAGGCGAUCGGCGGGGUGCAAGGAACCGUCUCGGCGCUCUAUUGUGAUGAAGAUAAUUCAAUGCUGUACGUUGGCGGUGCUUUUGACGCGGGUAAUUCGACAAAUGCAAUUGGAUGGGCAGCGGGUGGCUGGUCCAGCUUGCCCUUCGCGGGUUUCGAUGGCCCGGUCAGCUCCAUCACCAAAGCUCCCGAUGGCCACAUCAUCUUUGGAGGUUCUUUCACUGGUCUCGGCAACAUAUCGUCCAGCUCUCUGAAAAAUCCAGAAUCUCAGAUUAUCAAUCUCUCAACCGCUAAUGUCACUGCCCGCGGCAACACGAGCACGGCCGGCUUAGGAGAUCCGAGAAACAUUGUUUGUCCAUCGAAUAGCUCAGAUGGCUCGUCCGACUUUUUGCUCGCCGAUAAUACUGCCGGUAGUUGGCGCGCGGAUUUGGCAUUCGGUUUUGAGCCCACCAAGCUCCGGCUAUGGCAGACAAGUCAAAGUGGAAAAGGCACAAAGACGUGGCGAUUUACCGCGCACCCGCUCAAUGGCAUCCUCAACUUCACCACUACCGACCCGGCCACUGGAGAUCUCAUUUCCUGCUCCUCAACGUGUCCCCUCGCAGUGUACAACGCGUCACAACCGUAUCAAGACUUUUAUUUCGUCAAUCUGGUAGGGAUGAACAGCUUCACCAUUGACAUCUCGGCCUGGUACGGAGACGGAGGUGGGCUCGCUGGAAUCGAACUCUUUCAAAACGACAUCUUCUCUUACGCCAUUGAGGCCUUCAAUGAGCCUACCUGCGAAACCAGUGCCGUACGAUCCGAUGCCACCGCAACUGGGUCCUGGUAUACGACUCCGUCGAGGGAAAGUGUGUCCGACUAUCUCACCGUCGUAGUUGGCCCCACGACCGUCGACAACACGUUCAUAGUUUUCCAACCCGAUGUACCGCAGAGUGGAAACUAUUCCGUCAUUGUCUAUACUCCUGGCUGUCUGCAGGAUAGUUCUUGCUCGGCACGUGCCAUUGUUAAUGUCACUGGCAGCUUGACCGAGGAUGGCAAACAGUCUUUCGGCACGACGCUCUUCCAAACCAACGAUUUCGACAAGUACGACAUAGUUUACCAAGGACAUGUGGAUGCCACUACGACAUCUUUUCGGCCAUCCGUGACGCUCAGACCAUCGGGCCAACAGCCUGCGCAGCUGGUUGUCGCGUCUCGAGUCAAGUUCGGCUUCACUUCUACGACCGGUGGGUUAAAUGGUUUGUUUGACUAUGAUCCCAACAAUCAUACCGUCGAUUACGCCACCGCCGACUUCUCGAAAUCUGCCAUUAAUAAUGCCGGCACCACGCUCAAACCAAACGCGAAUGUUUUGGCACUUGCAACGCGUGAUGACACCAUCUACGCAGCGGGCCGGUUCUCCGACGAUGUUUUCGAGAACAUCAUGGCUUUCCACAACAACAACGCGUCUUCCUUGCCUGACGGUGGCCUCAACGCGGCCGUGAGCGACAUGUACAGCCUGGAUGACUUUUUGUAUGUCGGAGGCAAUUUCACGAGCACUGCUGAGGGCAAUGUGGAUGGUCUGAGCAACGUCGCUGCGUAUCAAUAUUCCAAAAAUGUAUGGGUCCCCCUGGGCGCGGGACUUGAUGGGCCGGUGGGAGCAGUUGAACCCAUGCUACUUAAUAUCUCUCAGAGCGGCGGCCCAGAGACUGUGGUUGCCUUCAGCGGUUCUUUCACACGCAUCCUCGCAUCUGGCUCUACUCCUGUGUCUCGGGCGAAUGGCUUGGCAAUCUGGGUACCCUCCAAGAGUGGCUGGCUGGCGAACCUCGACGUUCCCAAGGAGGCUCUGGCUGGUCAACUGUCCGCCGCGACAUUUCUACCGAACCAGACUUGGCUUGGAGCUGGAACCAUUGAGUCACUCGGGCUGGCUGUCAGUGGGGCUGCCGGCCUUCAACCUCAGUCCGGUGGUCAGGUCGCGCUUUCGCGACUACCCAUCGACAUCACUCCCAGCGAUGUUCAAUCUAGCACAAGAAAACGAGCUGUGCAAGCUCCGCAGAAUGUGACUGGUGUCAAUACAGGGCUUUAUUAUACCGGCAAUGGACAAAAUGUGACCAUCAUGGGAGGUCACUUCACUGCCACUGCAACAAGCGGGUCCAGCAUUGAGAAUCUUAUGUUCUUGAAUGGUUCCAAUAACAACCGUGUGACGGGACCUCCUGCUGGUAUGGAUGCCAGUUCUACCGUCCUAGCGCUGGCCCUUUCAGAAGACAUCCUCUUUGCUGGUGGCACCAUUUCUGGACGAGUCGAGAAUACCGACAUUAACGGGCUGGUUUUGUAUGACAUGAGUACCGCGGCAUAUCGGGCGAUCCAACCAGCAUCCUUGCAAGGUCCCAACGUGGCGGUCAAUGCCAUAGCCCCACGGUCGGGUACAACAGCCGUCUAUGUGGGUGGAGCGUUUGACCGCACAUCUCAAGAUCUAUCUUGCCCCGUUGUUUGCAUGUAUGACACCUCGACAAGCCAGUGGAAUACAGUGGGGACAGGAUUGGACGGCACCGUUUCGUCUUUGUUCUGGAGGACUGGUUCGGAUCUUCUGGCUGCUGGCAACCUGAAGGUCCAGGGCAAUCAGACGUCCCUUGCAACCUACAACACCGGCAGUCAAACAUGGUCUGUGUAUGAAAUUGCGGGUAUUCCUGGGCCCGUGACUGCAUUCUGCCCUGCCACAACCGAUGGGAAUCAUAUGUGGGUAGCAGGUACGGCCAACAACGGCUCGACAUUUUUGAUCAAGAUCGACGGAAUCAACGUGAGACCAAUCGCUGAUGCCUUCAGCACUGGUACGAGCAUCCGCGGCCUGCAAAUCGUGCCUUUAACUCGUGACCACGGAUCAUCCCAAUACCUUGACAACGAUUAUGCCUUGCUCGUCACCGGUCAACUGAACAUCAGUGGUUUCGGAAAUGCUGCAGCGGCAUUGUUUAACGGAACCCACAUGGAACCUUUCAUAUUAGCUUCUACAGCAGACGGAAACCCGGGGAGCAUAAGCCAAGUCUUCACGUCCCAAACCAACGUUCUCAGAUCAAGUGAAGGUGGCCAUUCCUUGGGGAUAGUCAUUCUUGUCGCCCUCUGUGCAGCACUGGGCACAAUCUUCCUGAUAAUAUUAAUCGGCAUCAUCCUGAAUUACAUCCAACGAAAGCGCGCUGGCUACAAGAGCGUGCCCAGCGUGCCUUACGCGGACAAACAUUCAAACAUCCGUCGGGUGCCCCCAGAAGCUCUACUGGGCAAUCUAGGGUCGAGACCUGGUGUACCUGCGGUGUAA